GCAGAGCAGGAAACCCAUAUAUUUUACUAUCAACAUGUCUAAAACUCACUGCUUUAUCACCAUAGGUUGAUGUGAACUGAACCUGUAAAAGCUGUUCGACAAAAAAAUUACUGCAGUUUGUUUUGCAGAUAACUUGUGUGAACAAGAAGAAAAGUCACGCAAAUUGUUCAAAUAAGAUCUUUAUCAGGCAAAUUAUUUCUAAACAUGCAAUCUAUUUUUAAGGAGGUUAUUCUGAAUGUCUGACACCAGUCCCAUCGUGUCACAAAGUCAAAAAUACUGCAGGUCUUUAAUGUUGUACAGAAUUGUACAGAAGGAAGUUAAGACAUUAUGCAAACAGUGUUAGAAAACCUUUAGUUAAUUCUGAUGCUAUUGGUGAUUAAAACCAUUACUUAUAUAGACAGAAAAUUAUUUUUAAAUUGUCUAAUGUUAAAUUUAGCCACAAGCUCAGUCAUGAUCCCAAUAUUAUCUUACAAAAAAAAGAUGUAGACCUUUUUUUUUUGAAGGUGUUUUCUAUCUGUGGUGACACAUUAUGCUCAAAAUAUGUAAAUGAGUUCAUCGUUCUCCAGGUUCCCUCACUAUGCCUCAUACAAACGCUUUGGUCUCCCAUGUCAAAGCUUCUUGAAGUCUAUAUGAAUUCCUUUUGUUUAGACAAAUCCAGGUUACAUCAACAGUUCAGACCUGUUGAACUGUUGAUGUAACCUGAUCACACAAUCACAAAUACUGUAUGUGACUUAUUUGUCACAUAUUUGUCAAAACCAAUCAACAAAACAAACAUAAGUAGGAGCAAUUAACCAAACAAUGAGCACUGGCAAGGUGUUUAUGUUUUUAAUUCAAUUACAGUUCAAUUCAGUUUAUUCAUAUAGGUUUGUGCUUCAAUUCUUUUUGUGAAUGCAGCAUUUUUCCAUUAUUUUUUUUUGUUUCUGUGUGUCUGGGAGUUUGCAUCAUUCAUGUGUUUGCUGCACAUUUUACUCUCAUAAGGAUCAACACUUUGACUUGUUGAAUACAUAGUAAACUCUGAUGUAUUAUCAUAUAACACACCCCAUAAGAAUCUACCUAUUCACAUGGGAAACAUGUUAAAGUUCUCCUGAUGUUUCUGUCUCUGAGUUAGAGACAGAAACAGAACAGAGAAUGAAACGCUAUUGUGCUUGCAUUUUCUGCCAAAUAUGCAAUAAUCCACACUCUCUGCACACAGACAAAAGACAAGUGUCAGUGUUGCCUCUGUGCUGCAUGACAUGAAAGGAAGGAAGCCGCCGUGCAGAUAAGUACUGUAGUCAGGAAGCUCAUGGAAUUUUGUUAUCAAAAGGAAAGCAACCGCUGUUCUUAGCAGCAACAAAGUUUCAGUGAAGGAGAAACUUAAACAAGUCUGACAACUGGGAAAAAAAAUAAUUAGUGUCUAGUUUUGAAGCAGCUGUUUCAUUGUGAUAUUUCCAUGUCUUUAAUAAAAUGCAUCUAUUCUUUAACAGUAGUGAGGAGUCAAAGAAAAGUUCAUUUCUCAUCCCUGGAAGCAUAUUUCCUCUUGUCCUGCGUUUAUUUUAAAUGUAGCAAGAAGAGAAACAGGGAGGGGUGAAAAAUGAGACUGCUUACAGGCGUGGUUCAUAAUUCUUUCCUUACUCAUUACAGGGUCUUUCUGCCUACAACUUUCUUUUGUUUCAUUAUCGAAGCUACAAAAUAGACCUUGUUCGUGCUUAAAAUAUACACCAGCUGGUUUCGUUUAAGGCAACAAGAAAAUCACUUGAAUAUGACGACGACCAGCACAGAUGUCGAGGAGAACUUGAGGGAAAAAGUGGAGGAUCGGCCACCAGCCACACCACUGCGACAAGAUGUGAUGUGUGAUUCCUGCAUGGACGCCCCCAGCAGAGCGCUUAAAUCCUGUCUGACUUGUCUGGUCUCCUACUGCGAAGCCCACCUCAGACCCCAUCUAGAGAAAGACAAAUUUCAGAACCAUCGCUUAGUGGAUCCCCUCCAUGACAUCGAGCGCCAGACUUGUGAAGUUCAUCAGCUUCUCUUCAAGAGCUUUUGCUUUCUGGAUGAGUGCUCUAUCUGUGGGGACUGCGAGGGUCAGGAGCACGAAGGACACGAGAUAUUGUCUUUGGAGGAGGCUCGAGUACACUUUGAGACUGAACUUCUGCAGAAACACCAGAGGAUCAGUCAACAUGUCUCAGAUGUAGAGAGAAUAAUUGGAAAAUUGCAGAGCAACGGUGAUUUAAUCAAGUCUUCAGCGCAGGAGGUUUGUGUUACUGUUGAACAGCAGUUCAAUAGGCUGCAGAAGACUGUUGAGGAGGCCAGAAAACGGGUAGAGGCGCUUUUGGAAGGAGAGCAAAAACAAGCUCUGAGACAAGGGGAGAGCAUUCAGGCACAUCUGGAGCAGAAGAGGGUGGAGCUGAUGAAAACUGCAGAUAAGAUUAAGAAACUAUCCAAGAGCAAAUCUGAUGUUGAUUUCCUAAAGGAUUACACAGAGGGGAAGAAAGGACUGAUCGACAUAUGCGUGUCCACUGUGCACAUCAGUCGAAUGCACCAUCUACAUUCAUGGGCUCAAGCAGUGACUGAUGUAACUCAGGAGUUAUGUGACCUGAUUAUGGAGUCCUACAGUGAAAAAAUGAACAUGGUCUCCAAAAGUGCAGGUGCUAAACACGCGAUGCCAGAAUCUCUGCCAUCUACUCUUCCUGAUCCUGAGACCCAGGAAGACUUCUUGACAUACACAACGAGGUUGACCUUUGACCCCGACACUACCCAUUACUUCCUGCGUCUAACGGUGGACAACAGAAAGUUAACCAACACCAGCCCCUGGCGGCACAGCUACCCGGACCACCCCAGCCGCUUUGAAUACUGGCGUCAGGCCAUGACUUCAGAGAGCCUCUACCUGGGGAGACAUUACAUCGAAGCAGAGCUGAGCGGAGUGGGCACACAUGUCGGGGUUGCCUACAGGAGCAUCGAUCCUAAGGGAGAGGAAAGUGGCAGCUGCAUCACCGGGAAUGACUUUUCUUGGUGCGUUGGAAGGAACAACAGAGGUUUCUCUGCCUGGCAUGCUGGGGAGGAGACACCCCUGGAAGCCUCUGAUAUAGCAAGGGUUGGCAUAUAUGUUGACUUUCAUCGAGGUUUGGUGUCUUUCUAUAACACAACAGGGCCUAUGAUGCUGCUCCACACAUACAACACUGACUUUAUAGAGCCCUUAUAUAUAACAGCCUGGUUGUCAAAGAAAGACAAUGUUGUGACUCUGGUUAAUGCAAAAUGAUGUAAGUUAUAGCAGUUUAUUGAUGUUUCAUAAUAGUCAAAAAUGUUGUGCAAAUAGCAGCUAUUUCACAUGCAUGUCAACAAAGGUGAAAUUUACUACCAUCUAGUGGUAGCUGUGCAACAGAAUGCAAACUACAUCAGGAUUAGUUUUGUA